AGACAGAAGAAGCAGAGCGCAGAGCCGCGGUGUGCCCGAGCUUUGCUGCAGCUGUGCUGCAUCCAUCCUCCCAAAUGUGGGACUGUAUGACCCGAUCGCUGUUUAACAACGCAGACUGCUUAACAACGCUGAGCUCCCGAGCAGCAACUCCUCGGCCCUCUCCGAUCAGCGCCGCUGAAUUAAAGAGACAAGCGUGUACAGAAAAUAGAGCAAACCCAAAACGAAACACAGAGAUUAUCCACAGGGAGCCGCGGCGCCCCGGGGCGCAGCCCUAGUGCUUUAAGCUGCCCACCUCCGGAGGCCGAGACAGCAGCUGUCCGCUAUUUAUACUCAGCGGCGGAGCCGGGUGCCCUGCGCGGGGCGGUGCUGGGAGCGGCGGGGCUCGGGCCGAGCUGCCAUGGCCACACCGCUAUCGUCCACGCCGGUGAGUGGGAGCCGCGGCCGUGGCUCUGUCGCCGCUUCUCCGCUCAGCCCGACGCGGCUCAGCCGGUUGCAAGAGAAGGAGGAGCUGCAGCACCUCAAUGACCGCCUGGCCGCCUACAUCGAGCGGGUGCGGACGCUGGAGGCCGACAAGUUGUUGCUGCAGCAGCGUCUGGUCGACCUGGAGGAUGGCAGCGGUCGGGAGCUGAGCUGCCUGCGGCUCCGCUACGAGACGGAGCUGGCCGACGCCCGCCGUGCACUGGAUGAUAUCGCUAUCGAACGGGCCGCGCUGCAGGUGGAGCUGGGCAAGAUCGGCGAGGAGCACCGGCAGCUGCACAGCAGGAAUUCAAAGAAAGAAGCUGACUUGAACCUGGCACAGGCUCGUAUGAGAGAUCUUGAUGCUCAGCUGAAUGCAAAGGAAGCUGACCUGGCAACAGCUUUGAACGAGAACCGGACUUUGGAGAAUGGCCUCCGUGAGUUAAAGGACCAAGUAGCCGCUCUGGAGCAGUCACUACAAGAUGCCAAAACGCAUCUCAACAGUGAAAUGUUGAGAAGGGUGGACCUGGAAAAUCAUUUGAAAACUUUGAAGGAAAAAAUGUCAUUCCAGAAGUGUCUUCAUGAAGAUGAGCUCAAGGAGAUAAAAAGAGUCCAUGAGAGCAGAAUAACAGAAAUGGAGUCUGGUCGUCGGAGAGAAUUUGAGAGUAAGCUCUCAGAUGCUCUGCAGGGGCUCAGAAAACAGCAUGAAGAACAAAUUCAAGGAUACAAAGAAGAACUGCAGCGAACGUUCAAUGCAAAAGUGGAGAAUGCCCAGCUUUCUGCAGCAAGAAAUAGUGAGUUUGCCAAUGCAGUUCGAGAUGAGUUAAUGGAAACAAAGCUUAAAGUUGGUGAUCUGACAUCUGAAAUUAAACACUAUCAAAGCCAGAAUGCUGCUUUGGAGAACAGAGUGAAGGAGCUACAGGAGACGCUGGAUAAAGAUCGUGAUCUACAUCGAAAGUGUAUGGCUGAAAAAGAGAAAGAAAUGGCACAAGCCCAGAAAAAAGUUCAAGAACAGUUGGAAGAAUAUGAGCAUCUCUUAGAUGUGAAACUAGCUCUAGAUCUGGAAAUAAAUGCCUACAGGAAGAUGCUGGAAGGAGAGGAACAGAGGCUGAACAUAUCACCAAGUGCAACUUCACAUAGUAUUGCAACUCAAGCAACAAGUGAAGGGCGACGGUUUUUGCAUGGGAGAAAACGAAAAAUGAAAGCCAAAAAGAGAGAACAUAGUGCUGGGUUUAAGACUGUUCAGCACGCUUCAUCUUCUGGAAAAGUGUCUAUUGAAGAAAUUGAUGCAGAUGGGAAUUUCGUCAGGCUUAAAAACAACUCUGAUGAGGAUCAGCCACUACAUGGAUGGGUGCUGAGAAGACGUCUUGAGAGUGUGUCAGAUGUAACAUACAAAUUCCCCCCACAGUUCACUCUUCAGGCAGGCCAAGUAGUUACGAUCUGGGGUACAGCUGCUGGUGUAAGCCCAGGUCCCAGUGACCUGAUCUGGAAGUCUCAGAAGUCUUGGGGAUCUGGGUUUAACAUUGGUGUUACACUCGUUACAGAUGAAGGUGAGGAACUGGCAGAGAGAAAAUUAAUGCAUGUACCCAGGGGAGAAGAAAGUGGUGACCAAGAUGAUGAGUAUGAAGAACUAAUGGGAAGUGAAGUGGAGCUUCCAUCUCAGACCAAAAGAAGAAAAAAGAAAUGUUGUUUGGUUUCAUGAUAGUGAUUCCUGUGAGCAUCCUGAAGCAGCAAAAUGAAGAUCCCAGCUGUUCCAUCAUGUAGUAUGGACAUGGAGAUGAUCACCUGAGAAUGCUUCUAAACCUCAAGUGACAUUUUUGGACUUAAGUGUGUGGUGGUACCUUCCACAAUAUCUGAGAAUAACUUGGAAUUUACAUCUCCCAUCUGACCUCUUCGUAAGAAAGGCUGUCCAUGACAUAAUACCUCCUGCCUUCUGGUACUGUACCCUGUGCUGGAUUCACUGAUACAAAGAUCAGUAGAAUACAAGCUCUGUAGGAAGUUCUUUCACUCAGUCACAAGGAUUUGAUUUCCAUGACCUGCUGAAACAGGAGUGUGCAUCAUUCACAAAGCUGUUAGGUGUCCUAGAAGGAUGAUAAAUAAUUGAGACUGAGCAUAGGCUGUCUCAGCUUUCUUAAUAUUCUGGUAUGGUGUUGCUCCAAAGGCAAUUUCUAUUUCAAGCCAGAGUGGGUAACUACAUGUGCUGAGUCAUGUCACAGCUUGGAUAUUCAGCAAUUCUGAACUUGUAAGCAGUAACACUUCCUGAAGAGUGCUGACUAUCUGAAAUGGUUUCUGCUCAUAUCCUGAUGCUGGCAUGUCUAGAUCACUUGCUGAAGAACUUCCUAGAACAACAAAUUGUUUCAAGUCAAAUGAAGCUGUGAUGUAUUCCUCUUGUUUAUUAAAUGUACUGUUUCUUUAUUCUAGUACAUAGAAAUUACCAACUGCAGUAUUCAAUAUUUCUAGAUGCAGCAUAGCUUUUAGUUCUGAUUUACUGGAACCAUAACAUGGACAGAUAAAUCCUGCAAAUGUGAAACAUUCCAACAGGAGGUACAGUAACUAGCAAUAUUAGCACUCUAGUCCCAAAAAGCCUUCUAAGUGGCUAGGAAAAAAAUACUGGCUAAAAAAAAUCAAAAUGACAAAGGUGCAUUAAAAUGUUAGCUCUUAGACUCUCUGUGUACUGAAUGUCUGACACAAGGACAGACUGCAGUCCUGCUUUGUAUUUCUAGCCGGGAAGCGGGGUGGAGUACUAUCUGUUGGCCAGUAUUUAAUUUAAUAGCUUUGUAGCUGUCUGAAGGCUGACCCCGAGCCCUUAGAAACCAUGUAGUCAGCCUUUAUAAUCCCUUCUUUCAGGCUGUUUACCAAAAUGCUUACCUGAUGGUUAUAUGGCAAAGUAAGAACCUUGAUGAGCCUUGCAGGUCCUCCUCUCUUUAAGAGUAUAAGCAGCUGAUGUUGCAGAUCAGUCAGUGCUGGGUUUUUCAUCUGCAUCUGUUACCUUACCAAAAUAUUAAGUUCUGAGUUUUGAGAUCUGUUCUAUAUUUGGAUGCUGUUAUUAAUAUGAGGAUUUUCUUACACAAGCUUAAUGUUCUUAAAUUAAGCUGUUUAAGUCUUUAAAAAGAUGAAAACUAAUGCUGGUUUAAUGCAUUUUAUCAGUUUCGAAUUCCUGUUAUACCUUGUGCCCCAUAGAGAAAUAAAUGUUGCUAUAUCUUUCUAUAUUUAUCUUUAUGUUGAACUUUUUAUUGUUAAAGAGAUUUUUCAUGAGCAAAUAUUAAAGUCUAAGAUAUUUAUAGGUAAAUUAAAUAAAAGUUGGUUUAUUGUUCAUUUUUCUUGAGUAAGCUUGAAUAACUUGGAAUAGUACAGCUCCCUGAAUAGCUUUAAGAAACCUUCACCCCUAUACUAUACUGUUCUGUUUACAUCCAUCACUCAGUUCCUCAAAUAAAGGUUAAUUGUAAUGA